UCUUUUUUUUUUUUCUUGUUAGCCAUAUAUCAAUAUGCUUGAAGCUCGUCUUAAUGAAGCCAAAUUACUCAAGGCUGUUUUGGAAGCUAUCAAAGAACUAGUAUCUGAAUGUAACUUUGAUUGUAAUGACUCUGGUAUUGCCUUACAAGCUAUGGAUAACUCUCAUGUUGCUCUUGUGGCUAUGAUGUUACGAUCUGACGGUUUUGAUCCUUACCGCUGUGACCGUAACUUACCUUUGGGUGUAAACUUGACAAGUUUGAACAAGAUCUUGAAGUGUGCUCGUCCUACUGAUAUUACUACUCUCAAAGCAAACGAUAACGGUGAUGUUUUGAGCUUAGUGUUUGAAAGCAAAGAUAGUGACAAGAUCAGUGAAUAUGAUUUAAAACUCAUGGAUAUUGAUAGCGAACAUUUGGGUAUUCCUGAUACAAAUUAUGAUGCUGUGGUACAUAUGUCCUCUGUGCGAUUCCAAGAAACUGUUCGUGAUUUGCAACAAAUCAGUGAUUCUGUUGUUAUUGAAUGUACCAAGGAAGGUAUCAAAUUCUCUUGUGAAGGUGAAGUCGGUAAAGGUGGUAUUACAUUGAAGGCCGGUGGAAAUGUUGACAACGAAGAUGAUGCUACUGUUAUCGAACUCCAAACCAGUGUGACCAUGACCUUUUCUAUCAAAUACCUCGUCAACUUUACCAAGGCUACUCCUCUCUCUAGUCGUGUCAGUCUAAACCUUUCCAAUGAAGUGCCUUUGUUGGUGGAAUACAAGCUUGGUGACUUAGGUCAUGUUCGCUACUAUUUGGCUCCCAAGAUUGGCGAAGAAUAGUUGAAUUCUCUUUAAUCAUGUAUGUAUCUUACUUCCUUUUACCUCCUCAGUUAUUCAAUUCUUCUUCCCUAUCGUUUACUUAACUUUGUUCUUUUUAUCCCCAUUACUUAGUUUAUACAAUACUUGCCGGAUAUUAUAUCAUCAUAUUACAAUAAAACACAAUUGCACUCAAUACACUUAAAAAGAAACUAUUAUGUGAAUAAGAUAAUUAGUCUACUGUAAGAAUGAG